AUGGCGUUCAGCCUGCUGCAUCUCGUGGAAGCGCUUCUUCUUCUCCUUAACGCAGCGGCGGUCUUGAGCGCGCGCCGGCUCCUGAGGCCGCUCAACCUGGACAAGCCGCAGGUCGGCGACCCCGGGCUGCGGUCCCAGCUCUCGCUCUUUCUCUUCUCCGUCCGCACCUACCUAAAGUUCCCGCUCGUCAUAGCGAACAUCGUCGUCAUCAUCUUUGAAAUCCUCUUCGGCUGA